GGUUGGCUACGUCAGCUUCUUGACGAAUAAUUUGCCAGGUAGAUCAGUCGGAUGACGAUCGUCGUCCAAGCUGCUUCUCGUAAAAUAACGAAUACAUUACGUGUAAAAAUGGAUUUAGAUCACUUGCUACUGAUUGUAUUAACGUUACUUUGCACAGGUUUACAAGCAGUGACAGCAUCUGAGUGGGGAUAUUGGGGCAAAUAUGGACCAAAGACUUGGUCGGAAUUGUGCGCGACAGGAAGAAGACAGUCACCGAUCAAUAUUGUGACGGAGGAUGCCAUAAGAAUUGAUCUCGGUGCUCUCAAAUUCGAUCGAUAUGAUUUCGCGUUUUCUGGCAAAUUGAUUAAUAAUGGACAUACUAUACAAAUUAAAUUGGACGGUAUACCAAUCCAUCUAAGCGGUGGAAGUUUGCCAUCGGUAUACGUUCUGGAGCAAAUGCAUUUUCAUUGGAGCGCUGAGCAUACUGUGGACGGUGUACGUGAUCCAUUGGAAUUGCAUUUGGUGCAUUAUAAUAACCAGUACGCAAAUUUUAGUGAAGCCAUGCAACACGAGGAUGGGAUCGUCGUUGUAGCAGUUUUAUUCGAAGUGAUCAACAAUUCCGACAAUCAGGAUUUGAUGCCAAUUUUAGAGACGGUGAAAUUAGUGUCGAAUUGGGUGGGAAAGAACACGGCAUCGAUGAGAAACAAAUUGAUACCUUUAUUGCUUCUACCGAAAGAUCAUACGACAUAUUAUAGGUAUGAAGGAUCUUUGACCACGCCGGGAUGUCAGGAAUCUGUAACGUGGUUUGUUAUGACCGAAAAACUUCCGAUAUCGGAGGCACAGAUGAAUAUGUUCAAACAUGUGCAGAGCAACAACGGCACUCUAAAGUACAAUUACAGACCCACACAAGAGCUCGGCAAUAGAAAGGUGCAUCAUCGUCUAGAAGGAUAUAAUAGCACGUCGUCCUUAUAUACCUCGAAUAUAAUUUUAGUUGUCAAUAUUUUUCUAGUCAGCCUUUUAUAUAAGAAUUUUUAAUCUGGAAUAGUAAAGCUGAACUUUAUGUUACAAUAUAUGUAAUGUGCGAUAUAACAACUGCGUGAUAUUAUUUGUUAUAUACAUUGUUUUAGA